UUAUUAUCAAACGCAUUAAAAAGUUAAUAAUUUAGAAUGCUUAAUAAGUAUAUUAUGAAAAUAAUAUACUAAUUAUAAUACAAUACAAUAUUAGUCUAUAUAAUAUCAAUUAUAAUAUAAUAAUAAUAUCAUUGUAACAAACAAUAUUCAAUAUCCCGCGCGUUAUCGAAUACAUUUUACUGAUCAGUACUUCAUAGUACACCAUCGAAUGCAAGCCUUCAAGAUAGAAUAAACAAUUUUUUUGUACGUUAUAAUACACAGUGUUUCGACAAUCCUUUAUUUUCCGUGUUUAUUUGAAUAGUUUCUUAUAAACAUAUAACGCCAUUCUACUACUUUAAGUUAAAAGAUCAACGGACUUUGGUAUUCGACAGCAUUCGUCAAGCAAAAUUCAAACAUUGAAACAGAUAUACGAUCAUAGUACGUCAAAUAUAAUUAUUGGACACAGAAGAAAAAAAGUAAAAAAAAAAUGGACUUUCAGAAGGUCGUUUAUCAAAUACUGCUGUUGUUAUUUACCAUAGAAAUUUCUACGACGUUUGGUAACCAUGAAGAAGACUUGUUCGAAUUAACAUCAACCAGCGAUAGCCCGGGUUUGCAGUACGAACUCAUAGGUAAUGGUAGAGCUUGCGGAAGUAGUUGGACAGUAAACACAUAUAUGGAUUUAAAAUUUUUAAAUAACAGUCUUAGAAAUAUUAGACAAAUGUUAAACUCAAUUGAACUAAUUGCGUUCAAAGACAUUUCUAUAACUUUGUAUCAGUUAAAAAAACACGCGAACAGAUUGGAAAACGAGAUAGGUUUAAUUGUACAAAUGGGUAGACAUAACAAAAAAGUUAAGCGAUCUAUUGAGUUUGGGGGUACGGCAUUAAAAUGGAUGUUUGGAGUAGCCGAUGCUGACGAUGUACGAAGAUAUGAUAGUACGAUCGAUAAAUUAGAAAACAAUGAGAAAGAUGUUAUGCGUAUUGUUCAUGAUCAGAUAUCUAUACUAAAAAGCACAAUAAUUAAUUUUAAUGAUUCCGUUACAUCAUUUAAUGAAAAUAAGAAAAUAUUUGAUGCAAAUAUGAAAGAAGGCGAGAAAAAAGUGAACGAAUUGAUUAUUGAGAUAGCUAAGGAAGACAGAAAAAUCAUUAUUCUGAGUUCGAUAACUCUUUUAGAAAACACAAUAUUUGAAUUGGACAUGUUUAUUAGUAGGUUGCAAAGAGUAAUUUCUAACGUACAGAAUAAUGUAGUAGAUGCGUUUAUAAUAACACCUGACCAAUUGCUUUCGGAAAUAAAAAAUAUUCAGAGUAUACUCCCGGAUGAUUUGAAAAUCCCUGUUAAAUUUGAUGAGGAUAAUAUUCAAGAAAUAUUCAAAAUAUUAAGUAUUGAAAUGCACACAAUAAAUGACAGAUUUAUUUUUUCUUUAAAAUUUCCUCUGUGCCUUAUAGAAAAUUUCAACGUUUAUUACAUAUUACCUAUUUACAUUCCAAUUAAUGAACAUGGUCAAUUUCUGCAUAUGACUAAAAAUUCUAUGUAUUUGUUAAUGGACAAAAUAAUGACCAAAUAUUUUAUAUGGCCAGAUUUAAAUAACUGUAAAGUAGUGGAUAAAAUAUUUGUUUGUGGAUUUAAUGAAAUUAUACAUAAUUGUGACACGGACCCCACAUGUGUAACAGAAUUACUAAAAAAUUCUUUAACUAAACCACCUCAAUGUGAUACUUAUAUCUCUGAAUUCAAAACAGAAAUGUGGUAUCCCUCAUUUUUCAAAAAUCAUUGGUUUUUCGUAUGUGAAAAACCCACUACAAUUACUAUAAUUUGUAAUAAACAGUCUUUCACUCAAAAAAUUAAAGUUAAAAGUUCUGGAAAGUUAUACUUGAAGUCUGGGUGUAUUGCUUACACCUCGAAAGGUGUACUAAAAACUGAACAAGUAUUAAAUCAAACAUAUUUCUCAAUUCCAGUAGACUUAUCUCUUACAAAUGAUUCAUGCUGUAAUGUAUUCAAUUUUUCUAAUCAGGCCUAUCCCAAACCUAUCCACUUCGAUGAAAUAAAAAAUAUUAAAUUUAAUAAAGAUGCGUUCAAUACAAUAAAUAAACAAUUAGACCAACAAGAUAUGUUAAUAAAUUCGCUUAUUGUAGAUAAAACGUAUGAAUUUAUAUACACAAACAAAUAUUUAGUUGUCAUAAUAAUAGUUUUUUUAAUAUAUUUUAUAGCAAAAUUUUAUUUAAAUAGGAAAGCAAAACAAUUAGCUAUAGAAAACAUUAAUUUAAGUUACAAUCCUCCAAGUUCUAAAAAUUAAUUUAGUAAAGGUUCUUAGUACGUAUACCUGAUAUUAUAUAUUAUUAUAUAAUUGUCAAAUACCAUUCACAACAUUUAUAUUAUUUUUUCGGAAGUUAAUAAUUAGUAUGUAGGUAUAUGUUUAUCUUACUUUUUUCUACACUUAUAUAUUGUAUAAAUGUUCUUGUAUAAAUAUAUUUUAUUUUAUAACAUACUUUAAUGAAAUUGUUCAAAUAAUCGAAUGUAUAAUCGGAUUGAAAUGCAUCACCUUUAUAAAUUCAAUUUUAUUUGUUACUUUUAAAGUAAUUACUAAUUUGUAUAGUUGUGUUGUAAAGAUAUCUAAUACACUAAUUAUUUUAUGAUUUGCCUUGGCAAUGAGCACCCUCACUUGUUUAUUAGAUAUUAAAAACAAAAUUGUAUUAUUACUAUUAUGUACCUAAAAAUUUUAAUAUAUGUGUCUCAUUAUAUACUAUAUC